UUUUACGUGCUUCUUUCAUUUUGGCCGAUUCCAAGCGGCUAGCUGCAUUUGCAUUGCGUGCAAUCGUCGAAUUGGUGUGAUCUGGAACAUUUCCUUGUAUUAUCAUAAUGGCGGAUUCUACUUUGGAUGAUUUCUUUGCUAAGAAGGAUAAAAGCAAGAAAGGAAAGGCCAAAUCAAAGUACACCACAUCGGACACAAUAGCAAAGAAAUUAGAAGAAGGAGGUAAAAGAGUUGAUCCAGCACCUAAAAAGGAUGUCAAAGAAAAAAUAUCCAUCAGUAGUAAUACUCCAUCAAUACUUAUACCGUCAGUUCCAAAUGAACAGGAAGAUGAUGAAUGGAAAAAUGUUGAAGAAAAAGAAAGAGAUUACUCUGGACUUAGAAUACAAGCUUUGUCCAUUAGUGAAAAAGAGAAAGAAGAAGAACAGUUAAAAGAACAGAUGCUUUCAGAACAAAAUGGAGAAUCAAACAAAAAUUCAGAGGGUCAGAGUGGUCCAUGGAAAUGUGUACAGGUUCCUGCAGCAGAAGUUGAAGAAGAAAAGCCACCUGUUGAAGAACCUGAACCAACAACAACUGAAGAAACACCUAAACCUGUUGGCACGUACAGACCCCCAGCAUUAAGAAAUACCCCUGCAACUACACCCGUUGGUAGUUCUAGUAAGAGAUACUCUAAACAUGCUCCUCAAAUUACUAGUGAACUACAUUUUCCAUCUCUAUCUUCAGCUGCCGAAAGUAAUAAAUAUAAACUCAGUGAGUCAGAUAGAAGUUUCCAGUCUGUCAAGCAUGGUGUGCGAUCUAAAGGUGAAUCACAGAAAGAACUUCAACUUGAUUUAGAAAAUAAGUUCUCUGCUCUGCAUCAGGGAGAUUAACUAAUAGCAUUGACUUAAUUAAAUUCUAUCAAUUACACCUAUGUAAAAUGUUGAUGAAACAGCUGAUAAAACAUAGAUCAGUGAAGUUUAUUCUGAUACUUGACGUGGGUAUCAAAAGCAAAACAAAAAUGAAGACUAUUUUAUGAAAAGAACAAUGAUUUUGACAUAAAAUUUAGCUAUUAUAAUAUAUUAUAUAAGAAGAAGAAUAAAUUAAGUUCAUCUGUUUCUGAGAUGCAAUUGAAGCAGAAGUGUAUGUGUUUUUUAACAUGUAAAUUUGAUAAUUAUGCUUUACUUUGGUGAAAAGUCUCCUUUUUAUGUUUGGCAAAUUUCCACGCAUAUUCGUUAAGCAUUUUUUAAAAAUGUGUAUGGAAAAAUAUACUACUGUCUCUUCGUAUUGUGUUGUUUUUUGUGUAAUACAAUGUAUUAGAUCCUUUUAAGCAAUGUUGUAUAUCAUUCAUAUGCUUACCACUUAUUGUAUUUUCUUCAAAAAUUUUAGACCUCUAAAUUUUAAUUUAAUUAAUGCAUUUGAAUCGGUCCAAAAUUUUAUAUCAAAAAUUUGAAUAAAAUAUUGUUUAUUGCA